AAAUUGAAAAAACCGAUACCAAUAUAUAAAGGCAAAACCGAAUUAGCAAGACGGUCCGAACUCUCUCCAGCCAUUACCACCUUGUUUACCUCGCUGUUUGGCUCACCGGGAGACAAACCUUCAAAUAACCAUGGCCGUGGCACUCAACCCAGUACAGAUUAUGAAGGCGGACGCGGAGGAGGAACGUUCCGAGACAGCCCGCCUUUCCUCCUUCAUUGGUGCCAUAGCUGUGGGUGACCUUGUGCGCUCCACCCUCGGCCCUCGUGGCAUGGACAAGAUACUGGUGGCCAUGGGACGCAGCGAGGGCCAGAUUGAAGUAACCAACGAUGGAGCAACAAUUCUGAGGAACAUUGGGGUCGACAAUCCAGCGGCCAAGAUUCUGGUAGACAUCAGCAAGACACAGGAUGACGAGGUAGGUGACGGCACCACCUCCGUCGUCGUCCUGGCCUCUGAGCUGCUGCGAGAGGCUGAGAAGCUUGUGUCAAUGCGCCUUCACCCACAAACCAUCAUCGCUGGGUACCGCAGGGCCACGGAUGCUGCUCGGGAGGCGCUCACUGCUGCCGCCAGGGACAACUCUGCUGACCCCCAGGCUUUCAGGGAUGACCUUAUGAGGAUUGCCAAGACCACUCUGAGCUCCAAGAUCUUAGCACAACACAAGGAUUUCUUUGCCAAGCUGACUGUGGAUGCUGUGUUGAGGCUGAAGGGCUCUGGAAACCUUGACGCUAUACAGAUAAUUAAGAAGACUGGAGGAACACUGAGUGACUCCUUCCUGGAUGAGGGUUUCAUUCUGGAGAAGAAGAUCGGGGUGAAUCAGCCGAAGCACAUAGAGAACGCACGCAUCCUUGUGGCAAACACCCCCAUGGACACUGACAAGAUCAAGGUGUUCGGCUCAAAGAUAUCUGUCGACUCCACGGCCAAGGUGGCUGAGUUGGAGCUUGCAGAGAAGGAGAAGAUGAAGGCAAAGGUUCAGCGGAUUUUAAAACACGACAUUAACGUGUUUAUAAAUCGCCAGCUCAUCUACAACUACCCAGAACAACUCUUCGCUGAUGCAGGAGUGAUGGCCAUCGAACAUGCUGACUUUGCUGGGAUUGAACGCCUGGCUCUGGUCACUGGUGGAGAGAUCGCGUCCACCUUUGAUAGCCCUGAGCUCGUCACCCUGGGCACUUGUGACUUGAUUGAGGAGUGCAUCAUUGGUGAAGACCGCAUGAUAAGAUUCAGCGGUGUGAAGCUUGGCGAGGCGUGCACUGUUGUCCUGCGCGGCGCCACCACUCAGAUCCUGGAGGAGGCUGAACGCUCCCUCCACGAUGCUCUGUGUGUGCUCACCCAGACUGUCAAGGAGACCAGAGUGGUGUAUGGCGGUGGCUGCAGCGAGACCCUAAUGGCCAAGGCAGUACAGGAGGCAGCCUCACACACACCGGGCAAGGAGGCACUGGCUAUGGAAUCUUACGCGAGGGCUCUCCUCACCAUCCCAUCCACCAUUAGUGACAACGCAGGCUAUGACUCGGCCCAGCUGGUGUCAGAACUCAAGGCCGGCCACGCACAGGGCCACAAUACACUAGGGCUGGACAUGGAGGAGGGGUGUGUGGGGUGCAUGGCUAAAGUCGGGAUCACAGAGAGUUACCAGGUUAAGAGGCAGGUGGUGGUGUCAGCAGCAGAGGCGGCUGAGAUGAUCCUAAGGGUGGAUGAUAUUCUCAAAGCAGCGCCCAGACAGAGAGGACAGGACCAGGGACAUUGUUAAGUGGUUGUACGUUUGUGUGUGUGUGUGUUUGUGGGGUAGCACUCGCACGUACAUACAUACAUACACACACCCACGCGCACAGUGAAAUUUUCGUUCUCUCUCUUUCUCUCUGCUUAAAACACAUUAAAAGCAUUGUUUAGGUGUGUUUGUGUGUGUGUUUGCUAUCACAUACACACACGCACGAGAGAGAGAAUGUCCUUAUAAAAGCUCUCAAUAACCUUAUGCUUUGCCAUUAACACACACACACACACACACACUGGUGAUCUCUCGUAUGCAUAUUCCCGCCUCAGUGAAUAAUGAAGGUGGCUAAUUAAUGAAGGAAAAGUGUUUACAACUCAAAGCUGAAAUAAAAAUAAUAAUAAUAGUAA